GCAAAUUUUCGAACUCUUAACGGUCCUACAUUUCCACUGCUCUCUCUAACUCAAAGGAACCUAAGAAAUCAUUUUCUCCUUUCAAACUCCAUCUAUCUCUUCAAUGGCAAAGCCUAAAGGAAGUAGUUCGGAAAGAAAGAUCUGGAACAAUGUGUUCAACCUUUUAUUCGAUUUAAUAAAAUCACAGCAGACACAUCUUGAAUAUCUCGCCAAAGACCGAAAAAUUCUUGAAGAUCGUGUAAAGUUACUGCAUGAUCGAUGGGUAAAUGAUGGUUAUAGCUAUCAAGAACAAAUUUUCCAGAUGAAGCAGGAUUUCAUAGUUCAGGAGAUGGAGCACAUUGUUGAGGGAGCGAAAGCAGAGC